UCCCCAUUUUUCUUCCAUCUUUACUGUAUCUUCUCUUAAAUUGUAUUCUCAAUUUAAAAUAUUCAUUUUUAUUUUGUGUCCAACUUAUUUAUCUUCCAGGAUUUUUCUCUUGUAGGUUGCUUUAAUAUUCCAUAGAUUUAGGGUAGAGGGAUUUGAGACAUUUAUUUAAUAACAGUUCAAAUAUUUCUUUUAUACUUUUCUCAUUAUAUCUUUAAUUUCCAUCUAUAGUCCAUUAACACUUCCAGGGUUUUCCAAACCAUUAUUUAGUAAAAAUUUAUUUUUCCUUUCCUUAUUUAAAUAGGGUUCUACUUCCAUUCCAAGCCCCCAGAGCUAAUUCAAUUCCAGAGUGUGUAUUCAUUAAAUUGAUUCUUUCCACUUUCACUUCCUCUUCAAUUAGCCGCCCGACUGAAGGUUUCUCCCAGUGCUUGCGCUUAUUUUAAAAUAUUUUUUCUUCAUGAGCUCAUAACUCACUUGACUUCAACAAUUUGUCUCCUGAUGCUUCUUCCUCCUGCUCAUUCUUGCGGCCGCCGCAGCUUUGGUGCCACCACCACGAUGGAGGCUGCAUUCCUCCCCUUUGGGUCUGGGGGAAAGAGUCCGGAGCUGCGGGGGGUUUGCAGCCCCCCCCCAUUCGCUCCAGCGGCUCCCCCACUCUUUGCUGCCCCUACAGGGCAGCUGUGGUCCUAUCCUAAAUUAGGACGGACCCCCAGAUCGGGGAGGUAUCGGUGCAAACCCCAGAGCCAUCAGGGUUUGCGACCGUUUCGCCCGUGACACUGGCCACACCUCCCGGAGCUCCCAGGAUUUCUGAAGACAAGCUGUUCCAUUGGUUGACUGUCCUCCCUGAUUGGAAGUUUCUCCUUAAUUCCAGGUUGCUUCUCUCUUUCAUUAGUGGCAGCCCCUCAAAUACUGAAAUACUGGUAUCUUAUCACCCCUAAUUCUGCUUUUCUUUAGACUAGCCAGACCCAAAACCUGCAUCCGUUCUUCAUGUUGUUUAGUCUCCAGGCCUUUGAUCAUCUUAGUUGCUCUUCUCUGAAUUUUUUCCAAAGACUCAACUUCUUUGUUUUUUCCCUAUCUAAGUGUAAAGUUUUGCUUUUCUCCACAUUAAAAUUCAUUUUGUUGGAUAGUGCCCACUGUUCAAGUUGCUCAAGAUUCCGAGUUUGUCUUCUGGGGUGUUGUCUAUUCCUGUCAGUUUAGUAUCAUCUUCAAAUUUGAUGAGUUCCCCUUCUAUUCCCUCAUCUAAGUCAUUUAUAGAGAUAAUGCAUACCGGGCCUAAGACUGAGCUACUAAGGACUACUCGAUGAGAGACAAGGGAGAGAACAAGAAGAACAAAAUUUUGAGCUGGAAAAAAUGGAGUUUGUGGAACUGAAGCAAACAUUACCUAAGAAGUCAAGGGGGAUAAUAUCGGAAUAAAGAAACAGUUCAAAUAACUGGAUGUCAGUGGGAAGAAAAAGGUUCCUUGGACAGUCAAAAUGAGGAGACACAAGAGCACUUGCACUGGGAAGAAACUCUUUGGAUGUCUGGUUUGUGGAAAAAGUUUCACUUGGAAUUCCAACCUGGUGAUUCACCAGAGGACUCACACGGGAGAGAAACCAUAUGAGUGUCCGGAUUGUGGGAAAAGUUUUAAGCAGAAUUCCCACCUGGUGCAACAUCAGAGGACUCACACAGGAGAGAAACCAUAUAAGUGCUUGGAUUGCGGGAAAACUUUCAGUCAGAAUUCCCACCUGGUGAAACACCACAAAAUUCACACCGGAGAGAAACCAUAUGAAUGUUUGGAUUGUAGGAAAAGUUUCAGUCAAAGUUCCCAUCUAGUGAAACACCAAAAAACUCACACAGGAGAGAAACCAUAUGAGUGUCCGGAUUGUGGGAAAUGUUUCAGUCAGAAUGACAACCUGGAUAAACAUCAGAGGACUCAUACAGGAGAGAAACCAUAUAGGUGUUGUGAUUGUGGGAAAUGUUUCUCUUGGAAUUCUAGUCUGGCAAUACACCAGAGGACUCACACAGGAGAGAAACCAUAUAAGUGCUUGGAUUGUGGGAAAAGUUUCAGUCAGAAUUCCCACCUGGUGAAACACCAGAAAGCUCACACGGGAGAGAAACCAUAUGAGUGUCCGGAUUGUGAGAAAAGUUUCCAGCAGAAUUCCCACCUGGUGGAACAUCGGAGGACUCACACAGGAGAGAAACCAUAUAAGUGCUGUGAUUGUGAGAAAAGUUUCAGUCUGAAUUCCAACCUUUUGAGACAUCAGAAGACUCACACAGUAGAAAAACCGUAUGAGUGUUUGGAUUGUGGGAAAAGUUUCAGUCGGAGUUCCCACCUGGUGAAACACCAGAAAACUCACACAGGAGAGAAACCAUAUGAGUGUCCAGAUUGUGGGAAAAGUUUCAGUCAGAAUGACAGCCUGGUGAAACACCAAAGGACUCACACAGGAGAGAAACCAUAUAAGUGUUGUGAUUGUGAAAAAAGUUUCAGUCUGAAUUCCAACCUUUUGAGACAUCAGAAGACUCACACAGGAGAAAAACCAUAUGAGUGUUUGGAUUGUGGGAAAAGUUUCAGUCAGAGUUCCCACCUGGUGAAACACCAGAAAACUCACACGGGAGAGAAACCAUAUGAGUGUCUGGAUUGUGGGAAAAGUUUCCAGCAGAAUUCCCAUCUGGUGGAUCAUCAGAGGACUCACACAGGAGAGAAACCAUAUGAGUGUCUGUAUUGUGGGAAAAGUUUCUCUCGGAGUUCUAGCCUGGUGAUACAUGAGAGGAUUCACAAACGAGAGAAACUGUAUGAAUGUCCAGAUUAUGGGAAAAGUUUCAGUCAGGGUUCCAACCUGGUGAAACACCAGAAAACUCACACAGGAGAGAAACCAUAUGAGUGUCCAGAUUGUGGGAAAAGUUUCCUGCAGAAUUACAACCUGUUGGAACAUCAGAGGACUCACACAGGAGAGAAACCAUAUAAGUGUUGUGAUUGUGGGAAAUGUUUCUUUCGGAAUUCUAGCCGGCUAAUAGACCAGAAGAUUCACAAAAGACAGAAACCGUGUGAAUGUCCAGAUUGUGAGAAAAGUUUGAAUUCCAACCUUUUGAGACAUCGGAAGACUCACACAGUAGAAAAAUCAUAUGAGUGCUUAGAUUGUGGGAAAAGUUUCUACCAGAAUUCCCACCUGGUGGAUCAUCAGAGGACUCACACAGGAGAGAAACCAUAUGAGUGUCUGUAUUGUGGGAAAAGUUUCUCUCGGAGUUCUAGUCUGGUGAUACAUGAGAGGAUUCACAAACGAGAGACCGUAUGAAUGUCCAGAUUGUGGGAAAAGUUUCAGUCAGAGUUCCAGCCUAGUGAAACACCAGAAAAUUCACACAGGCGAGAAACCAUGAGUGUCUGGGUUGUGGGAAAAGUUUCCAGCAGCGUUCUCACCUGGUGGAACAUCAGAGGACUCACACAGGAGAGAAAUCCUAUGAAUGUCUGGAUUGUGGGAAAGAUUUCAGUACUAGGACUAGCCUUAUAAAUCAUGUAAGGUUACACAUAGGAGAGCAACCAUUCAACUACCCAUAUUGCAGACAAACAUUGUUUUGCACAAAUUCCUCCCUGAUCACAGUUGGGGCAAAAUUUGAUGUGUGUAAAGGAAUGUUGAAAUUUGUUUCUUGAUUUGUUUGAAAGCCAGCUGAGUCAUUUACCAUUUAAUUUCUUGCAUGGUUCUUUUAAUGAAACAUGUCUUAUUAUCAAACAUGAGGGGUGGGGUAAGGUAGGGUGAUCUGUAUUAGGUAUGUUUUCCAUCUUGAAUUAUUUCUACAUAAAAUAAACGGGGAUAUAAAUAUGUAUGUAUUUAUGUAUUUUUAUUCAGCAACAAAAUGUAUAUGGCAGCCCAACUCAUAUGACUCCACAAGGUUUACAGCAAUAAAACCUUAUUACAGAAACAAAUAAACCUCCAUAUGUAGCAGAUGGCAAAAUGCAAAGCCUCUGCAUUUAAAAUGUACUUCCCCUGCAAAUACAGGGCACUUCUAAUAAAGUUGAUGGCAUUUUGAUUCUUGCCUUUGUUCAAUUUUGAAUUUAACGAGGCCUCCUGGCUAAUUAUGUUCAUGGCAGAUGCCAUCUCCUUGCAAGGAGUCAGAUUGGAGAAGUUAACCUCAGGAUUAGCGGCAUAUAAAUUUAAUAAAUAUAAACCUGGUUCCCAGUCCAGUUUCUUGUGUGGAGGCAACUUUUCUUAUCCUAGGCUUAGGGGACAGCUAGAUCUUCCUUAUUUUACAGAGGACCAGGAGAAUAACGGCUUGUCAAACUUCAUGGGGAAGAGUGUUUCAUAGGGCAGGGUCUGCAACAGGAAAGGCAUACUUCUUAGCUCCUAUCAGAUGGUAAUAUUUACCGGAAGUGUCCAGCAGUGUGUCCACCCUCUCUGACCUGGUAGAACAGAUAGAUGAAAAAAAAUAAAUAAAAAUAAAGGUGCAGCCAUAAUGACAGCUGUCUUGGUCAUCUAGUGAUUAAAGUGCAGUAUUGCCGGCUAACUUUGCCAACAGCCUGGAAUUCAAUCCUGACGGCGCUCGUGGUCGGGUCAGCCUUCCAUCCUUCUGAGGUUAGUAAAAUGAGGACCCAGAUUGUUGGGGACAACAUGCUGACACUGUAAACCGAGAAUGG